CUCGCGGAACAUGUUCCAUACAAAACCUGCCAAAAAUCAUACACUCUAUCGCGCCGCAACUUUUGUUUCUGCAUUUCUCAGCUUGCAUUGCUGCGCUUAGGGUUAUCUUAGGCAUGGAGUUCUGCUGGAACGCACAGCCACCCGCAACAAUAACUACAACGCAGCACCGCAAGCGACCGCGCGCAAGCAAGAUAACAAUCAACAACGUGCAAGAGCGCUUCUGCUAUCUCCAGCGCUAUCAGGUGCUAAUCUGCAAGGAGCACGCUACAGGCAUACAGAACGUCGAUGUGCAUCUGCGCGACCAGCACGGCGUAGCAAGCGAAGAGAGUAAAUCAAUUGUAGAGCACUGCCGGCAAUGGCAGAUCGCCGCACCGCAAGAUGUUGAGCUGCCUGCGCCGUUGGGGCCGCUGAUUGAGCAGCUAGGCGAGCCGUUAGACGUCUAUCAAUGCAGGAUCACUAGCGACUGCAGCUUCUGUACCACAAACAAGAUCAGAAUGCAGAAGCACUGCAACAACGUACACCAGAUGGCUUGGAGCAGUAAAGACGUUAGACUCUGCAAGAAGGUCAUAGCGCAGACAUUCUUCCAAACUAGUGGGCUCUAGCAAUACUUUGUUGUCAAGGUAGCAGACAAUAAUUACGCACUGUCUAUCCAAGAUGGGUAAACCAACUGUACCUAUGGUUGAUUUAGGGUUGCAAAUUUGUUAGGGACUAGGGCUACAGGUUUUGCGCGGAUAUCUUAU